CUUGGCUGUUGCGGCGUGACGUCACAAAGCUACAAGGAUUGGACGGAAAAUGCGUUGUACAAUUGUUCAGACCAAAACCACUCGCCGGAGCGUUGCGCCGUGCCAUACUCGUGUUGCAAACCGUCUGCUGCCGAUUCUCAGAAGACCCCUUCAGUGACCUGUGGCUUUGGAGCACAGGAAAAGUCGGUAUGCGCCCAGUUUUAG